UUUUUUAAAUUUAUUUUUUAUUUGAUGGAACAACAAUUUGUUAAAUUAAAAUUAAUUCAUUCAGCAGAUGAAUGUUUUGAAUUUUGUCCCAAACUUGUUCCAGGCAUCAAAAUCGGAGAUAUUAUUAAAAUCAAAUCUUUAAUUUCUGAUGAUUUUGUUGUCUUUCAGUACACACAAAAAUGUGCAAAUGAUUCGAGACUUAAAGAUAAAAGUAUUGUUGCCUGUUCUAAAGCUUUUGAAAAUAAAAAGAAGCAAUUUCCAAAUCGGUCAAAUGUUUUGGUUGGAAUUGUGGAUAAAAAAGAGAUUACACUUGACAGUUUGGAAUUGACAUUUAAGGAAUAUUAUGUCUCUCGAGCUGAUAUGUGGCGAAUUCGAAAUUGUUUGGUUGAUUCUUGUGUUUAUGUCGGCAAAAGAGAAGAAUGGCUUGGGAUUUUAUUUACUGUUAGCGAUUUGUGGCGAUUAGGGGAAAUGGCUUGGAGUGGUUAUGUUUCAGAUGAAACUAGAAUUGUUUUUCGAUCAUCAAGCUCACAAGUUACAUUAAUUAUUUUUUCUCGUUGGUAUUACAAAGAAGAAUUACUUGAUGAAGAAAUGAAAGAAAAAUUGAAAGGAUGUAGAGAUCAUCGAGGAAGACAUUACCAAGAUUUUUAUUGGCUUUUGGUACAAAAUGAACAUUAUUCUGAUUGGACACAUGUUUUGUCUAAGUUGAAAUUGGCCUUUUACAAAUACAAAGAUUCUAUUGAUAGAUACAAUUCAGAAACAUUUCCAUCUUACAAAAAAUCAGAACCAGUAAGUAUUUGGUCAACUUCAAUGGAUGGAAACUUUUUGGAGGUUCUAAAUAUUUCAAUGAAUAGUUUUGUUGCUUACCAUUCGGAUAGACGUUUUGAAACUUCUGGACAGCAGAUUAUUUUUGUUACUCCUGGUGGCGGUGUGUUUAAUGUGGAUAGAGAAAUGGUUAAUUUAACAAAGCAACGUAUAAUAGAUAUGGGAAUUUCUUUGGAUAUUGUUUGUUUGGGAGAACAACCUUUACAUGCUGUUCCACUUUUUGUUUUUAAAAGUAAUAAUCCGCAAUGUUCAGAUGAUUAUUUUAUUCCACAUUGGAUGAAUUAUAGUUAUUACCAAAUGUCCAAACGCUCUGUUUUUCCAAUUAAAUUUAAGACGAGAAUUAGUUUUCCUGAAGAUUUAUUGAAGAACACAGAAGAAAGCCUUUAUAUGGAAAAAAGCAUCCAAGGCGUGGAGGACACUCAUGCUUAUGAUGAACAAGCAUUUAAUAACUUUGCUCAAACAAAUUUUGGUGCUGCUAAUAAUUUAUUAAAUGAAUUAUAUAAUGAAUUGGCAAUAAAUAAUGAUGUUGUUGGUGGAUUCUCAGGAAAUUUGGAGUUUGGCCGUCCUUCAGUUCUCUCCUCUUCUGGAGAACGAAAAAUUACAGGUUCAUUUGAAUCCCGCCAUGGAAGUUAUGAACGAAAUAGAUUAGAAACUACAAAUACACUUCAAUUCAGAAGCGUAUCUCAACGUGUUCCCAAACAAAGUUAUCAAUUUUUUGAUCCAGUCCAAAGAGGAUUUUUAAAUCCUUUUCGGCCAGAGGAUUUUAUUGUCAGAAUAACUGCUAAUAGAAGGAGAUGGAUUCAUGUUUUCCCUGUUGAUCGACUUGGAAGAGCAAAAUUAGCUCAUCAUUAUGUUGUUGGGACAAGUACAAUGAGUGUAUUACAAACUAUUGAACCUGAACCAACAAUUACCAGACAGGCCAAUUCUGUUCAUGAUUCUUCCACAACAAGACAAGAAUCUUCUCCACAAAAUCAUUUUAUUGAGAAUAAAGUUACCGGAUUAGGUGCUAAAGGAAAAACAAUGGUUUGGGCUUGGGGAUCUACUGGAGAGGAAAAGUGGAAUCCGGAUAUGGAAAUUGGUUGUGAUUGGAAAUCACUUAUUCGUUCAGGCCUUCUACCAAUUACAACAGAUUUUUUCCCUGACGGAUCUUCUUUAAAUGAUUAUAUAAUUCAAGAACAUCAUGUUUAUUUUGAUUAUGAAGAAAUGAAAAAAUUAGUUUCUGAAGAAAAUUUUCCAAAUCCAACAUCUCAACAUUUAUAUAAUCUUUUACUCGACCAACUAAUUUAUCAAAGGUUACAGAGAGGAUAUCAAAUUGUUGUUUUGCCUAAAGAAUAUAUUCAUUCAGCUAUCAGGUUUGUGCGUAAUUUUAUUAAUUUUGGAUUGAAGCGCUCUGUAAAACCGUUGGUUAUUUAUGGUUUAGUCGAUAAACUAAGUUUUGAAAGACGUUCAAAAAUUUAG